GGCGGCUGCUUUCCCGCGGCGUCUCCGCAGCAGCCGCUUGCCUUUGGAGGCCCCCAGCCGGUGGCGGCGGCAACUUCGCCCGCGCCAGCCGCGGCGGCCCCCCUGAACAUCCCGGCGAGCGUGCUGCCGGAUGGUGCGGCGGACAUGCUCGGGGAUCUCACGCUGACCAGCUCCGCUCCGCCGCCGGCGCCAGGCCCCGCUGCGGCGCCGGCAGGCGCGAAGCAGUCUCCAGGAGGCCCUGGACAUUGGCAACCCGUUCAGCAUGGGCUGAGGGCGGGCGGGCCUCCGCUGGCCCCCCCCCUCCUCGCCGGCCCUCCCGCGGCGCCGCGCCGGCUGGGCAGCGGGGCCCCAGGAGGCUGA